CGGGAAGCAGAAGAACCUCGAGGAGUCGUUGUCGUCGUGGUCCCUCCGCUGCUGGAUCGUCCGUUGUCUAUCCUGCCAGCUUAGUAUAGUGAUGACGGUCAUGCCCAAUGGCUGAAUUCUUCCCUUCGUUGACCCAAUGCGCCCUUGUGGCAGCAGCAUUCAAGGUCCUCCUUUUCCCAGCAUACAAGUCUACGGAUUUCGAAGUCCACCGCAAUUGGCUUGCUAUCACGCAUUCUCUGCCUGUGCAGGAUUGGUACUAUGAGAAAACUUCAGAAUGGACACUCGAUUAUCCGCCAUUCUUCGCGGGCCUCGAGUGGCUAUUGUCGAAAGUGGCAUUCUUUGUUGACCCUGCAAUGCUGCAAUUGGGAAAUCUCAACUAUGAUUCCUGGCAGACGAUAUACUUCCAGCGGUCAUCCGUUAUUUUCCUAGAGUUGAUGCUGGUUUAUGCAUUAAAUCGAUAUAUCAAGUCCGUGCCUGCUCCCAGCAAGCAUUUGGCCCACGCGGCCAGUCUUUCUAUUCUCCUUUCGCCAGGCUUGUUGAUUAUUGAUCACAUCCACUUUCAGUACAAUGGAUUCCUGUAUGGGAUCUUGAUAUUAUCAAUUGUUCUGGCCCGCAAGCAGUCCACACUCCUUUAUAGCGGAGUCACUUUUGCAAUCUUGCUAUGCCUGAAGCAUAUAUACCUUUACCUCUCCCUGGCAUAUUUUGUGUAUCUCCUUCGAGCAUACUGUCUCGAUCCAAAUUCCGUCUUCCGUCCACGGUUUGGCAACAUCAUCAAGCUAGGGAUUGGAGUUACUAGCGUGUUUGCUGCUGCGUUUGGUCCGUUCGUGUACUGGGGGCAGUUAAACCAGAUCAAGGAGAGGCUAUUUCCGUUCUCAAGAGGGCUAUGCCAUGCGUACUGGGCGCCGAACAUUUGGGCAAUGUAUUCAUUUGUGGAUAGAGUCCUUAUCCCAGUCGCCCCUCGCCUUGGACUUCCUAUAAAAGCGGAUGCACUCACAAGUGUGACGCGAGGUCUCGUUGGUGACACUUCGUUUGCCAUCCUGCCCGAAGUGAAGAAAGAGCACACAUUCGCUUUAACUCUUUUCUUCCAACUGCUCCCACUCCUCAAACUCUGGCUCCAGCCCAACUGGGACAACUUCGUCGGCUCCAUCACCCUCUGCGCCUACGCCGCCUUCCUCUUCGGCUGGCACGUCCACGAAAAGGCCAUCCUUCUCAUCAUCCUGCCCUUCAGCCUCCUAGCCCUCAAAGAUCUUCGCUAUCUCGGCGCCUUCCGCCCGCUCGCCGUAGCAGGGCACGUCUCCCUGUUCCCGCUCCUCUUCACGGCCGCAGAGUUCCCCGUGAAGACGGUGUACACCGUCCUCUGGCUCGUGCUGUUUCUGUUUACGUUUGAGCGGCUGGCUCCCGUGCCGGCGCGGCCGAGGGUGUUCUUGCUGGAUCGGUUUUCGUUGCUGUAUGACACGGUGUCGAUUCCAUUGAUCGUGUACUGCUCGCUGGUGCACGGGUGGCUGUUUGGGGGCAGGAUGGAGUUUCUGCCGUUGAUGUUUACGAGUUCGUAUGCGGCGCUUGGGGUGGUGGGUAGUUGGGUUGGGUUUAUGGUGGUUUACUUUACGUCUUAGGAGCAUUCAUUGUAGUAUCUCGAUCGCCCUUCUUUGUGCAGGCAAAAAGUUGACUGCGGGCCUAUUACCAGGAAGAAAUAAUACACCACGCCAUAUAUGGUAUAAUCUGAAAUCUCAUUCAGCGUCCAGUCCCCAUCGUGAAGUUGGCGACUAUUAAAAAGAUUACUGAAGGGACACAUAUAUAAAAGAGGUAUAUACCGCUCCGAGCUCAUCGUACGCUCGUAUACCUCCAUCCAGAAGCCUAACAUAUGUCUAUCUACCAGGUACUUGCCAUUGCAUAUCUCUAGAUAUAGACAUCCUGGUAAAAAGGGGGCCUCCCUUGAGGAGCUUGUGAAAAGAUGGUAAGGUCAUUGGGCAUGGUAGCUUUGUUUGGAAACACUGCAUAAACAUGAAUUUUUGGAUGUGUAGUAGCUUCUGGUGGUAAUGGAUUCUAAGAAAAAGGCUGCUUUUGCA